UCAACGCAUUACUACUCUACACACUACGCAUUGGUUUUGCUUCUUUUUACAAAACAAAACAUACGCUUGUUUCAAAAACAUUGAUCAGCUGUGAAGACAGACAGAAUGGCAGUUUAAUGGAUUAGAGAAGCAAUUAUCUUGCAUUAUUAAUAAAUAUGAACAAGAAAGAAUCUACUUCAGAUGAUCCACCGAAGAAGCGCUACCGCAGGGAAGAAUCGAAUUCCAACUCAUCGGACGAUGAGUACGUUCCUUAUGUUCCAGUGAAAGAACGGAAGAAACAACAGUUGUUGAAGCUCGGGAGACUGGGACAGCUGAAGGAUGAGUUUGGCCAGCGCGGCAAGUCGUCCAGCGAGAACGAGCGCGACGAGGACGAUGAAGAUGGGCAGGUGUGGGGCCGCAAGUCUAACAUCAGCCUUCUGGACCAGCACACGGAGCUCAAGAAGCUGGCUGAAGCAAAGAAAGAAAGCGCCAUGGAAAGGCAGCUGAAGGAAGAAGAGAAAAUUUUGGAGAGUGUGGCGGAGAAGAAGGCGUUGAUGGGUGUAGCAGAGUUGGCUAAAGGUAUCCAGUAUGAAGAUCCCAUUAAAACUAGCUGGCAUGCGCCCAAGUACAUCCUUGCCUUGUCCGAAGAGAGGAACGAGCGAGUGCGCAAGCGGUUGCGUAUCCUGGUGGAAGGGGAGGAUGUGCCGCCCCCCAUCAAGAGUUUCCGCCAGAUGAAGUUCCCUCACGGGAUCCUUGCAGGUCUGGAGAGCAAGAAAAUCUUGAAACCGACGCCCAUACAGGUCCAAGGAAUACCGACCGUGUUGUCAGGUCGAGACAUGAUUGGGAUUGCCUUCACUGGUAGCGGCAAGACUCUGGUCUUUGUGCUGCCCCUGGUCAUGUUCUGUUUGGAACAGGAAGUGCACCUGCCUUUCAUCAAGAACGAAGGCCCCUAUGGGUUAAUAAUAUGUCCAUCAAGAGAGCUAGCCAAGCAAACCUACGACAUCAUCCUACACUACUGUUCCUGCUUGCAGCGACACGGAUCGCCAGAGAUACGCAGUUGCCUGGCCAUUGGCGGAAUACCAGUCUCCGAGUCUCUCGAGGUUAUACAGAGGGGUGUCCACAUCAUGGUGGCGACGCCAGGUCGCUUGAUGGACAUGCUGGACAAGAAGAUGGUGAGGCUGGACGUCUGCAGGUACCUGUGUAUGGACGAGGCAGACAGGAUGAUUGACAUGGGAUUUGAAGAAGAUGUUCGGACAAUAUUCUCUUUCUUUAAGGGCCAGCGACAAACACUUCUGUUCUCUGCAACCAUGCCCAAGAAAAUUCAGAACUUCGCUCGUUCUGCUCUUGUCAAGCCCGUCACAAUUAAUGUUGGGCGUGCGGGAGCAGCAUCAAUGAACGUCAUCCAGGAAGUAGAGUACGUGAAGCAAGAAGCAAAAAUAGUCUACCUUUUAGAAUGUCUACAGAAGACACCACCACCUGUCCUCAUAUUCGCAGAGAAAAAACAGGACGUAGAUGCAAUUCACGAGUAUCUGCUCUUGAAAGGAGUUGAGGCAGUGGCCAUACAUGGUGGCAAAGAUCAGGAAGAACGAUCGCGGUCUGUCGAUGCUUUCCGCAAAGGCCAUAAAGAUGUGCUUGUGGCUACUGACGUGGCAUCGAAGGGUCUCGACUUUGAAAAUGUACAGCAUGUCAUCAACUAUGAUAUGCCAGAUGAUGUGGAAAAUUAUGUGCAUCGUAUCGGGCGAACUGGUCGGUCAGGAAAGACUGGAAUCGCCACAACGUUCAUCAACAAAGCCAACGACGAAUCAGUGCUCCUGGAUCUCAAACACCUGCUGAUGGAAGCUAAGCAGAAAGUCCCGCCCUUCCUGGCAUCGCUGCAAUCCGAGAACGAGAAGUACCUGGACCUGGGAGGUGAGCAUUACAUCCAUAAACGAGAAAAGAUGAUAACGCCUUGUACUAGUACAUCGGGCUGCUCGCUUCGUAACCAUGCCAAAAGUCAUAAUAUUCACUUUUACUGGUCACUUGUAUGUAAACUUUUGUUUUGCUUUCACAGAUGAAAGAGGAUGCAGCUACUGCGGUGGUCUGGGCCACAGAAUCACAGACUGUCCCAAAUUGGAAGCCAUACAGAACAAACAGGCGUCAAACAUUGGUCGCAGAGAUUACCUGGCCAGCAACGCUGCAGAUUAUUAACUUGUGCAAACUGUCAGCAUAAGUUUUGAGCAAUUUGAUGUAAAUUAUGGAACCUAUUAAAUAAUUUUUUUUUAUGUUUAAAAAA